CCGUUGGGGCUGCGGAGGCCCCGCCCUCGCCGCCCGGGUGCGCGGCCCCGGCGGCUCGACCCCCCCCCCCCUCCACCGAUGAGGGUGUUCGGGCGGCCGCGGUCCCCGGCACUGGUGCUGCUGCUCCUGCGGCCGCUGCUCGCUUCCGGAGACCCCGCGUCCGGCCCGCAGGCCCGAGCCAUGAACCCGGGCGGCGGCGGCGGCGCGCGGGGCUCGCCGGCGGACGGCCACCGCUUGCAGCGCUCCACCGUGCCAGGCUCCGACCCGCAGCGCUGCAACGAACUGCUCCUGCUGGCGGCCGGGGACGGGGAGGAAGCCGCCCCGGAGCAGCCGCGGCACCACGUCCUCUACUUCCCCGGGGAUGUGCAGAAUUACCAUGAAAUUAUGACUCGUCAUCCUGAGAAUUAUCAAUGGGAAAAUUGGAGUCUAGAGAACAUUGCCACUAUUUUAGCCCACCGUUUUCCCAAUAGUUACAUUUGGGUAAUAAAGUGUUCCCGGAUGCAUUUGCACAAAUUCAGCUGCUAUGACAAUUUUGUGAAGAGCAACAUGUUUGGUGCACCAGAACACACCCCGGACUUUGGAGCCUUUAAGCACUUGUAUAUGUUAUUAGUUAAUGCUUUUAGCUUAACUCAGAACGGUUUGCUGUCCAAAAACAGGAGUGUUUGCAAUAAGGAUUGUAAAGCAUCUAACUGUGAGUCUAAUUCUUCUACUACUAGUAAUGGUGGCCAGGAGGAAAAAGAGAGGACCUGUGAAAACCUGGAGGAGUCUGCUGGGAGUUCUGCUCAGCUCUCAUUGAAUGCUGCAUCAUUUACUUUGGUGGGAUUCAGUAAAGGCUGUGUUGUUUUGAAUCAGUUGCUGUUUGAGUUGAAGGAAGCCAAGAAAGACAAGAACUUAGACACUUUCAUCAAAAGUAUAAGAACGAUGUACUGGCUGGACGGUGGUCAUUCUGGAGGAAGCAAUACUUGGGUCACGUAUCCAGAAGUCUUGAAAGAGUUUGCUCAAACAGGGAUUACUGUUCACACUCAUGUAACACCUUAUCAAGUACAUGAUCCAAUGAGAUCCUGGAUUGGAAAGGAGCACAAGAAAUUUGUUCAGAUACUUGGGGAUUUGGGUAUGCAGGUGACUAGCCAAAUUCAUUUUGCGAAGGAAACUCCCUCCAUAGAGAAUCACUUCAGGGUUCAUGAAGUGUUCUGAGACUUCAUGUGCUUGCUUAAGUGGGAGAACCAAGGACUUCGUUAAAACACAGAUGACGAGAUGUAAGAGUAAUUAGAUGCAUUGUCAGUUUGUGGGCUAAGAAGAUGCACAUUCCAAAAAUAAGUGUCAUAUACAGUAGGAUUCCUUGCUUGUAAAUGUGCGCAGCUUUAAAUUUUGAUUGGAUUAGAAUUAAUUUGAAGUCUAGAAGGAUAGUUUGUGAUAAUUCUAUGUCCUUUAAAAGUGAAAGAAACUUGGUGUUAGUCUUUUUAAAAGGUAAUAAAAUUGGUGUUGGAAAUAGCUGAUUUUCUGAGAGCUGUUUUAAACUAACAUUCAGCUGUUGGCUACAGUCAUUUCACUUCUUUCUCUGUCCAGGGUUCUUGGGACAUUUGCACCCUGCAUCCUGCCUCCUGGGAAAGUUUUGUGAUCCCUUAGACUCAUUCUCAGUGUCCCACCAAGUGUUUGUUUUGUUUUGUUUUUUAAAGUCAAAAUCUAUUUAUUCCCUCAUAUUUAAGAUCAUAAGAUUGUGUAGUUGGUUUUUUAAAACAUAUUACACUAAGCGCUGUAACUUAAUUCUUAAUUGACAGUUUUUAAUUAUCUGUUAGUUUGCUCUCAAAAGGAACCAGAUUCCACAGACCUAAAUCAGCGUUUCUUCAGAAGCAUGGUUUUGUCUGCCAAGAGAAAAUAGCUUUCUUUGGCCAAAUGUAAAAUUACAUUGAGAUAAGAAAGGUUACAAAGGAAAGUUUGAAGACACAAAUAAUUUAAAUUUUGGCCCAGAAACUGAAUUUGCUUAACACUGCUACAUAAUUUGGGUGAAGUUUCCUUCUGCCCAUUUUUCUUCACUAGAUAAAUGCAUUUUGAAAAACCAAAAUCUAACGAAUUUCAAACAAUAUUGGAACAAAGCUGUGUGGUUAUAAAAGUGGCACUUUUUAUUUAUGAAUAAAUAAAUGAAGCUUUCUAGGUCAUGGAAUAACCAAACAUGGAAAUAACAUGCUGUUUUGGGAUCAAAAAGAAAAUGUAUACUAAAGAUUAGUAUCUUAGUGUAUGAAAAGUGUUAAUUUCUUGGUUUCUUCCAAAAUUACAUUUUAAUCAUCCUAUAAAUAUAUUCCCAAUAUUCGCUCAUGAGAAAGGAUUCCUUCACACCAGAUGUUUAAAAUGAACGUGGUUCUAUCAACUACAGAUAAGUGUCUGUACUUUUUUUUUUCCUAAAUAGUUUUAUAUUGUUUCUCUUUGAAUAUGUUUUAAGACCAGCACUUCCCGUUGUAGAAACAAGUCACCUGGCUUCUUUCUACCUCAUUGUGUAUUUCCUUAACUUUAAGCACUAGGAUUGGAUGGCUACAUUCAAUUUGUUUAAUGGUUGUCAAAUGUAUCACUUAAUAUAAAACAGCUGAAUUCCUGAGUGGUCAUACAGAGGGAAGGCGUUUGUUUUCACAGGAUUAACUCAAGUGGAAAGAGAAGGGUUUUUUUUAAGAAUUCAUUUUAAAUGUCUGAGUUAGUUCCUCACCUCUCCAUUCACGUGAAUGAUCAGUUGUUAUAUGUUAAAGUGGACAUGACCCAAGGGACACUGGAAACUGCCAUCGCUUCUGGAGAUAGUGUUGAAUAAUACAAACACUUUGGAGUGGAAAUGAUUGUUAACCCACACACAGGUAUUUCUGUAUAAUACUACAAAUUGGUCCUUUCCCAAGUUUCUUUAAAACUGUGUAUGUUAAAUUUGUUAUUGUAAGCGUGUGUCCUAUUUGAUCGUGCCUUUGUAAAGAGUCACUGGAGAAGUGGUCUUACAAAUGGAAAGUUGUUACCACCACAGCAUGAACGUCUAACUGUAUUAAAAAUAAUAAUCCACAGAAA